UUAAAGUGUAGGCUGCCUGGAUACUCUGCCAUCACCUAGACAUUCGUUUAGAAAUUCUAAAUUCUAGAGGAUGUGUGAACUGUCCCAGAGGAGAACACCGGUUCCUAUGAGUUAACCUAAGUUCGAAUUGAGAUGAAUGUUUCAGGUUUUGCAAUGGAACAAAUAUGGCUGCUGCUGCUUCUAACAAUUAGAGUGCUUCCAGGGUCUGCUCAGUUCAAUGGCUACAACUGUGACGCCAACCUGCACAGUAGAUUUCCUGCUGAAAGAGACAUCAGUGUCUAUUGUGGGGUGCAGGCCAUUACAAUGAAGAUUAAUUUUUGCACGGUACUUUUCUCGGGUUAUUCGGAAACAGAUCUGGCCCUGAACGGAAGGCACGGGGACUCCCACUGCCGAGGGUUCAUCAAUAACAACACCUUUCCAGCAGUGGUCAUUUUUAUCAUCAAUCUCAGCACCUUGGAGGGCUGUGGAAACAACUUGGUGGUAUCCACAAUUUCUGGAGUCAGUGCUUAUGGAAAUGCAACUUCAGUACAAAUAGGAAAUAUUUCAGGAUACAUUGAUACUCCAGACCCACCAACAAUCAUCAGCUAUCUACCUGGGCUUCUUUACAAAUUUAGUUGUAGUUAUCCAUUGGAAUACCUGGUUAAUAAUACCCAGCUUGCUUCGUCCUCAGCUGCUAUUUCUGUGAGAGAGAACAAUGGCACCUUUGUCAGCACUUUGAACCUACUUCUUUAUAAUGAUUCGACCUACAACCAGCAGUUAAUUAUCCCCAGUAUAGGAUUACCUUUGAAAACCAAAGUAUUUGCAGCUGUACAAGCCACUAAUCUGGACGGCAGAUGGAAUGUUUUAAUGGAUUAUUGCUACACAACCCCAUCAGGAAACCCAAAUGAUGACAUUCGAUAUGACCUCUUCCUUAGCUGUGACAAAGAUCCUCAGACCACCGUCAUUGAGAAUGGCCGAAGCCAGCGGGGCCGGUUUUCAUUUGAAGUGUUCCGAUUUGUGAAACACAAGAAUCAGAAAAUGUCCACUGUGUUCCUGCACUGUGUUACCAAGCUCUGCAGAGCGGAUGACUGCCCCUUCCUUAUGCCGAUUUGCAGCCACAGAGAAAAGAGAGAUGCUGGGAGGAGGUCGACUUGGAGCCCCCAGAGCUCUUCCGGCAGCGCGGUGCUCUCUGCUGGUCCCAUCAUUACUCGGAGUGAUGAGACUCCAACCAACAAUUCACAACUUGGUUCUCCAAGCGUGCCUCCUUUCCAGCUGAACGCCAUCACCAGUGCACUGAUAUCAGGAAUAGUCAUUCUGGGAGUUACAAGCUUUUCUCUUCUUCUAUGCUCACUGGCCGUUCUGCACAGGAAGGGACCCACCAGUUUAGUGUUGAAUGGCAUAAGAAACCCAGUCUUUGACUGACUGUAACAG